AACGGAUCUAUCAACGAUGAAAAUUGUCGAAAAAUUCAAUAAAGCUCAACAAGAACGAUCCUUGAGCUAUUCAUUCGAAUACUUUCCACCCAAAACUGAGUUGGGUUUAGCCAACUUAUUUGAUCGUAUGUCGCGUAUGUGUCAAUGGGAACCUGCGUUUAUAUCAUGUACAUGGGGUGCUGGUGGAUCAAGUCAAGAACGUACUAUGGCUGUUUGUUCUACUGGUCAAAUAGUCAAUGGUGUGGAAACUUUAUUACAUUUGACCUGUACUAACAUGGAAAAAGAGAAUAUCGACAUUGCUCUCAAGAAAGCUAAAGAAACUGGUAUUCAAAAUAUUUUGGCAUUACGUGGUGAUGCUCCUCGUGGACAUGAAUAUUGGACACCUAUUGAAAAUGGAUUUAAUCAUGCUGUUGAUUUGGUACGUUAUAUUAGACAAAAUUAUGGUGAUUACUUUUGUAUUGGUGUAGCUGGUUAUCCUGAAGGACAUAUGGAUGCUGUUUCGAAAGAACAAGAUUUGAUUCAUUUGAAAGAAAAAGUGGAUGCUGGUGCUGAUUUUAUAUUAACUCAACUAUUUUAUAAUGUCGAUACUUUCGUCCAUUGGUACAAAUCUUGUCGUGAUAUUGGUAUCACUGUGCCUAUUGUCCCUGGAAUUAUGCCUAUUCCAACGUAUCAAAACUUUCGGCGUAUGAUCAAUUUGUGUAAAACUCAAGUACCUGAAGACAUAUUGCAUACUUUAGAUAGGAUCAAGGCAGAUGAUCAAAAGGUGAAGGAUUUUGGUGUUAAACUAGCUGUGGAUAUGAUCAAUCAAUUACAUGAAGAACACAAUAUAUAUAAUUUUCAUCUAUCUACAUUGAAUUUGGAACGAUCAACGAAAUUGAUAUUACACAAUCUUGGUUUGGUUUCAGAAAAUUCUCUCAAAAAACAACCUAGUUUAUCGAAAUUGUUAGCUCCUUAUUCUACUCCUCACGAUGAUCAUGCUGAAAACUGGGAUGAAUUUCCAAAUGGUCGUUAUGGUGAUUCUCGAUCACCAGCCUUCGGUGAAGUAACAUUUAGUGCAAGUCAAAGUCAAUCUACCUCAGAAGCCAGUCGUAAAUGGGGUUAUCCAAAGACAGAACAAGAUAUCACGACUAUUUUCCAUCAAUACAUUCUUGGCCGGUUGGAUAGCUUACCUUGGAGUGAAGAACGACUACAAACAGAAACAGAUGCUAUACGACAAGCAUUAGCUGAGAUCAAUACUCGCGGUUAUUGGACAGUUGGUUCUCAGCCUUCUGUUAAUGGUGUAUCAAGUCAAGAUGCCGUUUUUGGUUGGGGUCCCAAAGGUGGUUAUGUUUAUCAAAAGGCCUUUUUAGAAUUCUUUGUAUCUCCAGAAAAAUUACAAGUCAUUCUCAAGAAAUUCAAACAAGAUCCUUGGGUGACGUAUUAUGCUAUGAAUAGAAAUGGCGAUUUAUUGACGAAUGUGAUGGAAGAACAAGCACAAAAUGCAGUGACUUGGGGAGUAUUUCCUGGCAAAGAAAUAGUACAACCUACUUUGAUAGAACGAGCCAAUUUUGAAUCCUGGAAUGAAGAAGCAUUUGGUUUAUGGAAAGAAUGGGAACAACAGUACGCUCCUGACAGUGCAUCGGCAGCACUUUUGAAAAAAGUGGGUGAUUCUUACUGGCUGGUCAAUGUAGUGCACAAUGAUUAUCAAUUAGUGGAUGGUUUAUUCAAUAUGAUACUUUCAUAAUAGGUUUUUGUAGACUAGAGUCUCCUCUCAUUUAGUUUAGUUUUUUAUUCCCUUGU